AUGGACGUGAAAAACGCAAAAAGCGGAAAGAGAAAGGAAAGUGGAGCUGAUGGUCGGAAAAGACGUAAAGUAGAGAAACAUGAAUCGGAAAAAUCAAGCAAGUUCCUCAAGGCCUUUUUGAAGAAGUCAAAUGAGAACAAAUCAUCCUGUUUCGAGAAAUCACCAUCACCUGAUGCAGUUUUUUCAAAAUCAAGGAAUAGCUCUAGCGAAUCAGAAAAGGAGGAAAUGGACUUAUCGCCAAAAAAAUGCAAUUCGCCAGAAGAAGAAAAAUUACCAGAAAAUAACAUUUUACAUACAAAUGAUUUCGAAAAACUUCCUAGUGAAAUAGAAAACCUGAUACAAUACCAUGACAUCGGGCAUCUGAAAUUUGAUGAAAAUUCUGGGAGAGCAAUUGUAACCAACACAACGAGACUAGAAAUAAUUAAGCUCGGUUGGAAAUAUUUUCAAAAUUCGGACGGGCCAUUUCUACCAACAAACAAUCGUUCGAUGACUCAAAAUUGGUUCAAGAAAAAGUUAGGAGAUGGACGUGGUGAAGAAGUUACUCGAUCUUGGCUGGUGUACCCCGUUCAAGAAAUCAGCAUUUUGUCUUUGCUGCAUUCUGUUUUCAAAUUCUGA